UAUUUAUUGUGUUUCUUCACCCCAGACAUUGAUGGAGGAUGAACCUGAGAAAUACCAAUCCCACUUUAGUGAGUACCUCAAGAGAGGAAUUGAUGCUGAUGGUAUGGAGGCAUUGUACAAGAAGGUUCAUGCUGCCAUUCGUGCUGAUCCAACUGCAAAGAAAUCAGAGAAGCAGCCAUCCAAGGAGCACAAGAGGUACAACUUGAAGAAGCUAACCUAUGAGGAAAGGAAAGCCAAGUUGGUUGAGCGAUUGAAUGCUCUCAACUCAGCUGCUGACGAAGAAGAUGAUGAGUGAAACAUUGAUGACUGAGCUCUAAUGUCAGUUUUCCGUGGCACACAGGCUACUUUUGAGUUUUUAUUUGAAACCUAGUUAUGUCCUUCAGAUUAUUUUUGCUUAUGGCUCCAUUUUUGUCUCCUUAAGUAUAAUUUUCUUAGAUUACAAGAUUGUGAUUUUUUUAAACUUGAUAUUGAAUGCAAUUUCAAAUUUGACUUGGCUAAUUAUAAUUUGCUUGAUUAAA